CCCGCUUCCUCUUCUUUGUCGCUUCCUGAGCUGGCAUUUGGCAUCCGCACUCGCACAGUACUCCCAGUCUUCUUCUCCCUGUCACACUCCACCUGACCACCUCCCUAGGAGAAUUCCAAGGUUUGUUGGUCCUAGUUGGAGUUGAAUUUGCAUCGAGGGUUGACUUGACUGGUGGUAUACCCGGCGCCGGAGAUGGGCAAGGGCGGCGGCUGCGUCCCCAGCAAGAAGCGCCAGCCGCCGGCCACCACCGUCGCCGCCGCGCCCUCGUCGUCGUCAGCCACCGCGGUCCCGCGGGACGCGCCCGAGGAGGCCCUGGGCGCACCCACCGGGGAGUCGAGGCAGACGCUGCGGCUGUACAUCGUGUUCUACUCGAUGUACGGGCACGUGGAGGAGCUGGCGCGUCACGCGGCAGCGGGAGCGGGUGCGGUGGAGGGGGUGGAGGUCGUCCUGCGGCGGGUGCCGGAGACUCUCUCGCCGGAGGUGCUGGAGAAGAUGCAGGCGCCAUCCAAGGACCCCGCCGUCCCGGUCAUCUCAGCGCCGGCCGACCUGGAGGAAGCCGACGGGGUGCUGUUCGGGUUCCCGACCAGGUACGGCGCCAUGGCCGCGCAGAUGAAGGCAUUCUUUGACUCCACAGGCUCCCUCUGGGAGAAGCAGAGGCUCGCAGGAAAGCCCGCCGGAUUCUUCGUCAGCACCGGCACCCAGGGCGGCGGCCAGGAGACCACUGCUUGGACGGCAAUCACCCAGCUGGUGCACCACGGGAUGCUGUUUGUUCCCAUCGGCUACACCUUUGGCUCGGGCAUGUUUAACAUGGACGACAUCAGAGGGGGCAGCCCCUAUGGAGCUGGAGUUUUUGCUGGUGACGGUAGCAGGCAGCCCAGCGAGGCGGAACUUGCCCUCGCCGAGCACCAGGGCAAGUACAUGGCCGCCUUCGUCAAGAAGCUCGGCCAGGCCUGAUUCAACCCGUAAGCAGCCAGUCAGCGACCAUCCAUUAUACUGUUGAUCAGCCAUUGUUUCCUCUUCAGCAUCGCCUGUUCCUAUUGUCCCUACAUGUGCACAGCUUUUGCUCUUAGAUUGAUUGUUGGAAUAGUCAUAUAAUUACGCCGAGGUUUCUUUGUACAUUUGUUGACAUAAAUGAUGUGUGUUGUCCAUUUGUAAAAUAAGGAGUUUUUCUGGAUUGCUGUGAGCAAUGAACUGUUUGAUGUAUAGAUUCAUGCAUUUCAAUCAGAUGCUACAUCGAAUAACAUCAUCUGCCAAAAGAUUUGCUGUGCAAAGCGUCA